AUGCCUGCUCACCGCAGUUAUCCACGUAGAUCGAUAGGAACGGAUGCGUCCUGCGCUCGGGCCAUCUUCCGAAAUGGCCUCAGGGAAUACAGUACGGUAUUUGUACAGUACAGUAUACUGUACCCCCAAAUGGAUAUCGAAUGCUUUGACUUUCUGAGAAUGGCCCGACGUUAUACUGGUCCCCUACCGUUCUGCUCGGCAGAACCUUUGUGUAGGAAAAAUCUGGUGUUUCUACUGGGAAACUCAGAGCUGGCGCACGACAACAACAGUUAUGAAUGGAGUAGGAUGAAGGCAAGGUGGAAAUCUCGACAAGCAAGAUGAGGACCUCAGUAUUAGACAAAAGGAUCUCGCAUUUUCAGCCCUUUGCUAGUUUUAGGUUAGUAUGCAUAAAGAAUAAGUGUAUGUA